UUUGACCGGAAAAUGUAAUCACUGUUCAAGCGCACACUGUUCCACGAACACCUGAUCAAUAGACAAGACACAUGAUAAACAAGUGUUCGGACGGAUUAUUUUGCACAAUGGCGAGUGAAUAUUAGUCAUCUGAAACUCGCUAACAUCCCUGCAGUCUCUAUGCUCAACAAGGCAUGGCAGAGAGACAGGACAAUGAGGUGGAGGAGGCUGACCAGAUCUACCUGCUGAUGAAGGAGGAGUAUCGGAUCUCUAGGAAUGUGCGUCUGGCGUGGUUCCUUGGUAAACUAAACCAAGUCAUCUGGCCAGCCUCAAAGCCUGAAUUGCUGAACUCAGAGAAUGAAUUGGACUUGCUGAGCAUCUUGCCUAAAGGAUGGCAGCCGGAUUUUUCCCCCACCACGUACCCCUACAUGUUGAUGCCGUCCACUCGUGCCACCUUCCUGGCACGGAGGUACCGCUUCAUCAUUGAGCUGGACCUCAGCCCCUCCACAGGGAUUGUGGAUGACAGCACAGGAGAGAUGAUCUUCGAUGAGGUGUUUCAUGCCUUGUCGAGGUGUCUGGCUGGACUGGCUCAACCAUUUCAAGUCCCUGGAACUGAUCAGCUUUUCAAGCCUAAGAUCUUCGUCACAAUCUUGGCAUAUUCUUCAAUUAUUGGCCUCGCCUCCCAUCAGGUCUUGGUACAGGGCUGUCAGCUUGAUAGAACUGACCUCAAUGAGUUCCUGCAUCACAUCUAUCAACAGCUCAGAGCAGUGGAGAGCAACAUCGCACAAGUUCUGCAUCAGCAGCAUGAACAGACUCUGGAGCCAGUCCAAAGCUCUGGUCUCCAUCGCAACGCCUCAGAUGACCAGCCCCACAGAAAGCAAGGCAUUUCCAUGGUGUCAGCUGAUAUGGGGCUCGUCAGCAUGGUACGCCAGGGCAUCCUGGCCCUUCAGUUGCUGCCGCCAAACUCCAGUGCAGGUAUCAUUAUAAUUACAGAUGGAGUGACUAGUGUUCCUGAUGUAGCUGUGUGUGAAACUCUGCUGAACCAGCUCAGGAGUGGAACCAUCGCCUGCUCCUUUGUGCAGGUUGGUGGUGCAUACUCCUAUGACUGUAGCUUUGGCUACAUCCCCAAUGUAGAGCUGAUGAAGUUCAUCUCAUUAGCCACUUUUGGCUCAUACCUGCCCAGCUGUCCAGAAGUGGACCUGAACAGCCAGGAGAUGAAUGCUUACCAUAAGGCCUUCUUAACCUACUCCUUCCUGAAGACACCUGAGUCUAUGAACUCAGAGUACUUCUGUGUUUCUCAACACAAAUUGUUCAACGAGCACCUGGUAUCAGCCAGUGGUAACCCUGCACUGGUCAUGAGGAGGAAGAAGCAUACAGAGAAGGAAGUCCAUGCUCAUUUAAUCAGCGUGGUGUCUGUGCGCCUGAGAGAGGGCUACACCAUCAGAGAGAUCAGCCUCGCUAAAGGUGGGACGCAGCUGGAGGUGAAGCUGGUGCUGUUGUGGAAACACAACAUGCAUAUCGAGUACUUGGCAGCCGCCUCCUGGCCUUUGGACCCUGCCAAGAGAACCACCAGGGUUGAGGUGACGAUGGAGGGAAGUUACGACAUCCUGCAUGACAUCAGCUGCACCCAGCGGAAACCCAUCACCAGUCCGUACCGUACCUCCGUCAUCCGACGUUUCUGGAACACACUGCAGAGCAUCAACCAGACUGAUCAGAUGUUGGUGCACCUCCAGUCAUUUAACUCAAUUCCUGAGAACUACACGAUUCCUGAAAGCACCAAAAACGGAGUUCCUCUGUUCUACAUCCCUCCUGGCUCUACUACUCCGGUCCUGUCCUUGCAGCACAGUGGAUCCAAAGACUCCUCUCAGUCCCAGUUUGCUUCCUACUGGAAGCCCAUCCUCUCCAUGGACGCCAACUUCUGGCAGAGAUGGCUGCAUAUGCAUCGUAUUACUAUCAUCCUUGAACAUGACAUGCCGGUCCCCAAACACCUGCACACAGCUGGAAACAAUGGACGUUACAGCACCAUUCAGUGUCGUAUCUCUCACUCAGCCCUCACAUCACUGCUGAGGGACUGGAGCAGCUUUGUGCUGGUGGAGGGUUACUCGUAUGUUAAACUCAUAUACAGUUCUUCUGACCAGCCCCCCACAUCGUUCUACCUUGUCCGUCUCAUCUCCAAGACACCCUGCAUGGUGCUGCGUCUCGGCUUCCCCAUUGGUACACCAGCCCAUGUUAGAAACAAGAUUGUAGAUGAGCUGCGAGAGCAGAUCCUCAAACUGCGCUUCCCCCAGCGUGUUCAAAACAAAGAGGCGACACCCAAAACCAAAAGGAAAAUUGUUGGCCAUCCCUCACCUUCCAAAUCUCCCUCCAUCCCUGCUCCCAAACCUGCAUUGUCAGACAGACCCUGUGUGGUGGUGCUCAAUAAGCCUCUGGAGAAGCUGCUCAUAAGGUAUGAGAAGCUGCCGUUGGAUUUCAGGACUCCCUUCAUUUUCAACAUGGAGAACUUUCCUCAGCCCUCCAACAGUACAGUCCCCCUCAGCGUGGCAGCCAAUCGGACAGCUUCUUCCACCUUGGCCUCUUUGUCCCGUUACUUCCUGCACCAGCGCUGGGUGUGGGCUGUGCAGAACAGCCAAGGAUCCACUGUGGCCAUGCACGCUGUUGCUCACAUCCUUUCCAUGCUCUCGGAGAUCCGCAUAUCAGAAGGCUUUCACUUUGCUGCCAGCGGAGAGGGCAUUGUUAGCAUGGUGAUCGAGCUGCCAAUGAAGGGCAUGUCGGGGGACACGGACAGAGAGAGUCACUCUUGCAUUGUUCAGUACAUCCUAUUUCCACCUCACUCUACAUCUACAAAGGACAGCUUCUCCACCGAUGAUGACAACGACACUGAGGUUGAGGCCGUAGAUGCGGAUACAGAGCUGAACCUUGUGACAGAGUGCUGGAUAGAACCACAGUGUGGCACAGUGAUGAACUGCAUGGACCAGCAUCGCCACUUCCAGUCCCUCAAGUACCAGGAGAUCCCUCAAGCAAUCUUCCCAAGGGAUCUGGCCUGUAUGUCCACCAUGCUGACCUUUGAGUAUUUGAGUCAACUGUGUCAGAAUAAACAUCAGGUGUGCUCACUGCCAGCUGGACUCAAGGAUGUGAGAGGAGAAGCCCUGGCCUCUGAGGACAGCAUUCACAUGGUUCCUUUCCAGUUUGACCUCAUUCACCUGCUUCCAAAAUGCCAGCAAGUUGAGCUCUUCUUCCUCACAUUCAAUACAGCAGUGGAGAAUGAGGAGCAGGUUCAUAGCUCCCCAUGUUUGCCCAAUGAGCUCCUGCUCAGCCUCUUUCACAACAGCCUGGAGCAUGAGCUCAGUGAUAGGGAAAUCCAGUUAGCUGACAGCGACCAUGACACCUUCAUGCACCACAUCUUAGAGCGGGAACGAGACGGCCAUGUUGCUCCUUUCUCCUUACCUGUAAUUAAAGAAGAGUCUGUGAAGCCUCCAGACAGACAGGACACCAUGACAUCAUUCCACACCACUGGCAGCAGCAAAGAGGUGAUGGGAUCCACCAGCACCUUACAGAGUUUCAGUAAUGCAGACCUCGUUGAUGAAGAGCCCUUGCUGGGGGAUAGGAGCUGCUCUGUGCCACAGUGGAGGUGCUAUGCCAAGUACAUCAGCUCCCAGCAGAUCUUCCUCACCUUCCUCCCUGCUUCAUACACGGAUGUCCUGAUGUUGAUGGCAUCAGGGCUGGAGACAGAACCUCAGAGUAACAUCAGCACGCAGGAGGAUGACACUCUGACUCCCAGCAACAAAUCUCAGGCUGACUCCCUGUCUGGAUCCACCAGUGGCCUGGAGAGGUCCGAGUCUGGUCUCAGUCUGGCCAGUAAACUGCGAAGGAGCUCCAGCAGCACUGCCAGGUCCCCAGUGCUCUCACCACAGUCUGAGGGCCAGAGUGGGCCCACUGACUCUGUGAUCGUGGACCAGGACAGCUGGGACAGCAAAGUGCCUGAGACAGAGACUGGGACCCCUGGUUCAGAUCUGGGAGAAAAAGAAGGAGUCCAGUUCACCGAACCACAGAAGACAGAUUUCCACAUCAGCUUCAGCAGGCAGGUGUCUCAACAGAGUACCACUGACGGCAGCCAAUUAAAAUGUCCAGUCUAUGUCUACAACUGCUCCCUGGAAAACCUGAAGGAGCAGCUGGUACACCCCAACUCCAGCCGCCAACCCAGGGACAUCUUCUUCAGAGCUCAAGAUGCUGAAUCCUGGGAGAUGAAUCAGCAGAUAAAGUUCAGGUCACUAUCUCAGGACCGCAGUAGUCCGUCCCCUUGGACCGACCUCUUGACUCAGCCUCACAAACACAAAGAGUUGGUCAGCUACUGCAGCUUGCUACAAGAGCAUUACCACCAGAGCUUUGUCAAAGGUGUGUACCGCAGCCUGCAACAGUCCUACAGCAUUAGCUCACAGGAUGUCCUGAUGGCCAUGGACUACUGUGAAGAAUCUCUUCAAGAGAUUGACGUCACCUCCUUCCUGAAUACCCUCUGUGGACACAUCAGGGUCUUUAGGGAGCAUAGCGAGGCUUCAGGAUGGGAAUCCAGGAAUCCAAGGAAUCCAAAACCUUCAAGAAGCCCUGCAAGCUUUAUCAUUGGAGAGGUUGAGGAGGACCGAUCAGAUGACAGGGCUGCCAUGACCUCCUCGUCCAGUAUUGAAAUGGAGGAUGCCAGUGAAGCUCCUACAUCUCCACUGAUCCUAGAUGAGUCCAAGAGAGCCAAGAUCCUGGAGUUCCCUCUAACACUUCUCCAGACACAGCCCAAGUGUGAAGUGUACCCAGAUCUGCACAAAAUAAUACAGGAUAAAUUCAUGGACAUCGUGUCUCAGUACUUCAAACCUGUGCCCUCCAAUCCAUACUACUUUUUUUACUGCCCAUCAUCAUCCAAGAAAGAGGAGGACUCGGAGGAUGAUGAGACAGGGAGGAGACUCAGUGAGGAGGUGGUGUCAGAGGCUGAGCCAGCUACUGAGGAUGAAAACAUGUUGGGCUGCUGCAUGACAGAGACAGAGAGCGACACAGAUUUGGUAGUGGAGUAUGAGGAGCAAGCAUGCACCAGCUCCCAUGGAGAGGGUGAAGACCAGUCUCUGUCGGACUCCAACACUGUCAACCAGGACCAGGACUCCUUCAGCAUCCUAGAAGGAGACUCCCUGCUGGAGGCUGAAGGACCACAGUUGGACAUGCCGCCCCUCUUUGUUCAUGUCACUUGUUCUGUGAAUAUUAAAAGCUGUCAUGGCUCUAUGCCCAUACAAACACUGCCUACCUGCCUUGGUGAGAUUAUUUCCUGCCUGGAGAACUCUGAUGCCUUACAGUCUGUGGAUUUAAAUGAGCUCUCAGUCACUUUAGAUAUUUUUGUCCUGACACUACCUCUGGAGUUUGAAGUCAUGGCUGAUUUCCAUCAUAACAGGUACACCUCAGAGAGCAGUGUGUCCCUGAAUCGUUCACCAGGACAGCCCUCCUCCUAUCGUUCUGAUGAGGAGCUGAUUGCUGUGUUGGACAGUUUGAGGGGAGCUGGUGUUGAAGGUGUCUCUGGUGAUCCCUUAUCCAAACUUCCACUUCCUCACAAGUUAGCAAUUCUGGCUACAAUGGAUGAGAUCCGCUGGCUGCUGGAGGAUGAGAUCGUUUCUGCUUUGCGUCACUCUUGGAUCAUCAGCUCGACUACACUGCAGAAAGUAGCAGAGCAUGUUUUGCGCUCCAGCGGUCGACCGCACUGUCACUGUGAAGAUGUCCCUCUGCAGUUUGUCUUUGGGCCUGAGCAAUCCCUGGAAAAAUUCAGAGAGGAGUUUCGCAGAAUGUCCUUCUCCGGUUAUGUGUUGAAUGGAGAACAGGACGGCUUCUACUAUAUGUCCCUGAGCAGACUGCAUCCUCAGAGGAUCCAUGCCAACAAGAGGCUGUCUGAAAGCACCACAGCCCCCUCGCAACAUGAGAACCCCUGCAGUGCUGGAGCACAGGUGGAGGAGGUGAUGCUGGAGAGUGAAGCAGAGGCUCAUGCGACAGAGGCAGACAGCGAGAGUGAAGACAAGAAGUCCAUCAGUAUUGCUGCUGACACUUCCAGUGACACGGCUGCAGAAGCCAGUGAGCCAAUCAGACCCUCGAAGCCUGAGGCACAUGACACCGUUUCUCAGAGUUCAGUCAGCCUGGUGGGGGACAGAGGUCAGCCCAGUACCCCCCAGCUCCAGCCUGAACGCUGCACAGAGCCCACCUCACCCCCCAAGACACCGUCCAGUGUCAGCCUGGCUGAGUCUAUGCAGUCAGCCUCCCACAGCUGUGGCAAACUCCGGCCCAGUCGAGUCCAGAGUGUUGUCUCCAGCCAGGGCAGUCUGGACUCAGACAUGCAGGGGUAUGAUGGUGGCAGUAGUGACUCUGAAUGUGAGAGUCCCACCUUGGAUGAACAGGAGUGUCAGUCACCACUGAUGCCAGACUUCUGGCUCAUUGUUAAGAUCCACCAGGACAGAGUGAAGGUGUACUCACAUUCCAGGUGCCUCUCAGAAGGAAAAGAGGUCAGUGCUGAGGAGUUGGAGAAGAAGGAAGAGCUGCCUGAAUACUUACAGCUGCAUCAAAUGGUGGUCAGGAAAAUAGGUGAAAUCUGCAGAAUAGUCAAUCAGCGUAUGCUGCUGCAGGACCUCCAUGACAGCCAUGUAUGCAACUCUCUGCUGGUGGCUGAGAGUGAAGAAGACAUCUGGAAGAAUGAGUCGGUCUACAGGCAGAGGCUAAACGCCUCCGAUGAUUACAACACAGAGGAGAGCUACCAGGCCAGAGAUUACCUGGCAGCCACAAUGCAGUUCAUCCCUGGACAUUUUUCCUGUGACGUGGUUUGGAGCACAAUCAUCCACAUUCACCCUCGCCUCAAGAUGGGACCCAACAUGGGAGUAUCCAGAGCGAUCCAGGCCCUACGCUCUGUGCUGAACUCUUUCUGUGUGGUCAACAGGAAGAACAUGUUUGUCUACCAGGAGCGUACAACUAAAUCAGUCUUCUACCUCAGACUUUGUGAAACAUCACUAACAGGGAAAUACACAGACGUGGAUGGAAAUCUUCAUGUGACGCGCUCCACUGGUCUUGCCCGGAGUCAAGAGCCUUUAUUUUCUGAUGACCUUAUGGGCUCCAGGUCUUCUUUGGACAGCUCUCGACCAGUCGGUCAAGUAGACAAGCACAUCCUGCUGCUUGUACAUGGAGUAGGAAAUGCAGGUCCGGAGAUCACGGACGAGCUGGUCAAGGUCCUACGUAAACGCCUGGAUGAGACCACCUUGGACAUCAUCACAGUUAUGCUUGUCAGGAACUGCAAGCUGACACCAGCUGAUGUGGAGUUCAUCCAGCCGUCAGGAUCUCCUGCCACCGAGGUGAUGAACUUCAGCCUCCCCCAGUACUGCCUGCCCUGGCUGCCUGCUGUCGCUCACUACCUCAGACAGAACCUCCUCAUCUUCCUGCAUAUACCCAAGUACACUGACAGCAACACAGCACACCACUUCAAGCACUACUUCCAUUUAAGCAGUGACUUGGCUGAUGGUGAUCUCUACCUCUACAAUAAACCUGGAGGGCAGGGGACAGGAGGCAAAGGUAUUGCGUGCAUCGCCCUCUCAUUUGUGGACACCCAUGGUCGUCCCCUUCAGGUGCCUGCUCAGGACUAUACUGGUCUGCCGAGAUCAGAGAAUUACACCAUCCCGCUUCAUCCAGACCAUUUUGAUGAGCUGACCACCGUGGAUAAAGUGUACUCCGUCAACGUCAGCUCGGGUACAGAGCCACAGCUGUAUGUGCGGUUCGACAUCUGGGAACAAGGCAACGUCAGCCCCUUACAGCUGAGUGAUAAAUUGCAGGGGGCUCUGCGCCACGCGCUGUGUGACGUUUUAAUGGAGCUGAGGGUCUUGCCGAAUCCCCUUUGUGUUGGGGCGCUUUGCCCAGCGACCAAAGCUCAGAGAGAGGAGGCUAAAGGACUAUCGAUUCCUUUGCCUGAGAUGAAAGAAGUGAAGGACAGCCCCAGGCAGCGCAGUGGCUCACGGGUCUUUAAGAGCAGUCCUUCUCCCAUCACCUUAACCCAAGCUGCUGGGAGCACCCCCAUCACAGGGACCAGUACACCCGAGUCCACCACACCCACCAGCAAGAGCACCCGCCGAAGCUUCUGGGACAUACUGAGUAAGCCAGACUCAUCAGAGCUUGGGAGCCCAAAGACAACUGAUGACAUAGUGCAAGAGAAAGGAGAGGAGGGCCGAGCGGCGCGACGAAGGCACAAGACUGAGAACGUAAAGCAGCAGUGGAGCCAUGAGAAAGCUAUGGCUGUGGAGCUGGAGCAGGCCCAGAGGAGGCAGGUGUGUCAGCUUGAGGAGGGAGAUGUGGGCACACUGCACCCCAUCUACCAGGUUACCUGCCAGCCGUGGAUUGCUUUCAUGGCCAGACUUGGCUGCCCUUCCAUUCAGCAGUGCACAGCUGAAAUCGCUUCGCACUUCCUUCUGCCUUCCAUCUUGGCAGAGAUUGUCAAUUUGGUCAGUUCAUUGGCCAGUGAUACAGCAGUGAAGGCGUUUGAAAAGACAAGCUGUCCCGCAUCUGGAGAAAUAUUUGUACCAUUCCCUCUUGUCCAGAACCUCAGCCAGCCUCCAGGUGCCACAAGGAGCUUCAUCCUCAUUGGUCGCAACUUCCAUCAGUGGCACUGUAGCACAGAGCAAGAGGACAGUUCAGAUGAGGAACACACCCCAGUGCUAAAUAGGUUCACACCUCAUAAGGGCUUUCAGCGCUUCGAGGCUCUGGAGCAGAGUGAUUGGUUCAGUCCCAACAAAGCCGGGGCAGGACUGGCUCCCCGCCAGAGGUUCCUCCUCAUCAGGAUCCUGGACAAAAAGGUGACUCUGUACAGCUACAACUGGUCUGUGGACCUGGGCGCCUCUCUGAACCGUGAGCUCAUUCGCCUUGUUAAGUGGCAGAACGCGAGAGCUCAUGUUGUCCACUGCCUGCUCAACCAGAAGAUGGGCCUCUUCCAUCACUACUGCUUCUCUGAUGCACCCAUCCAUGAAAUGGACUCCAAGCAGGAUCCCAACCCAUUCCUAAGCCCCUCCAUGGAGCCUGAUGCUUUGCUGCGUAGCACAGUUCCUCCUUUGCCCAGUAAAGAACAGGGCAGGCUGGGUAGCUCCGGUCGAAGUCUUGCUCCACUUCACUUCCCCUCCGAGCUGCUUCCCUUUGACGAAGCCCUUAGGGACGUCUGCACCAUCCGACCCUUGAUGGAGGGGGAUGUGGUGGCCCGACAUGGAGGCCAGCUCUUAGAUAUCAAAGCCACUGAGCGGAGAGAACUGGAGAAACAGAUGAAGAUAGAGAACCUGUUUGUGACUUGGCAGCAGAGAUCAGCACAAUCCAACAUGCCCAUUUCAGGAACAGAUUUGGAGACCCUGAAGCAAUCGUCAAGGUUGGUCCACUACUGUGCCACCCCUCUCCUCUUUGACCCCAUCUUCCGCAAGCAGAUCCAAGAGGAACAGAUUGUUCAGCCUCCGGUGAAGAAACGGCAUCGCUCCAGUGAUUCCACGGCGUCGGGUCGGGACCGAAGCUACAGCACUGACUCGGCUGACAUGCUGCCCAGCCGACUGAAGGAAGAACCCUGGCUCCUUGAGAUUUCCAGCACCUUUCUCCAGCAGUAUGUUCAGUACCUACAGAGCAUGGGCUUCAUUCUGGUCCAGGUCCGGCCUCAGUCUCCAGCUCGCAGCAUUGCCCGGGCUCGUGCUGCCAUGCUGAGUUCUAUGUCAUCAGAAGGGAGGAUGUCAUUUUCUUAUGUAAAGCAGAAGAGUGAGGACAGUCCAAAGACUACAGCAUCUGGCACCACUGCAUAUCACCUCCAGAGGGCGCUGCCAGGAGGGAUCGUGUUGAUGGAACUGACUUUUCAGGGGUGUUACUUCUGUGUGAAGCAGCAUGCACUGGAGUGUUCCCGCAUUCCCAUGGGCCAGACUGUCAACUCCCAGGGCAGCCUCCUCACCAAACCUCGUUGCAAGCCGUUCCCAGAUGCCACCCCCGUAUCUGACUGUGCGCUCUCUAUGCUCUUCACUGAGGAGUGCGAUAAGGUGCGGGACCUGAUGCAUGUUCACUCCUUCAGCUACGACUUCCACCUGCGAGUGGUUCACCAGUACUUGGUAGGCUGCCACAUGACGCUACGCCAAGGCUACCAGCUCACUGACUUCCUGGAUGACUUCAUCUCCCAUCACCCAGACAUUCCCAAGUUUGGCCGCAACCAUGUCUUCCAAGGGAGCUUCUCCAUCUCCACGGGGAUGAUAACAGCUCACCAACUGUACAACUAUAUCACUGACCAUGCCAGCACCUAUGGCAUGAAGCCACUUCGCAUGUCCAAGGCUCCAGUCACCACUGACAGCAAGAAAGGGACACCUGAUCUGCACGAGUAUGCACUAGUGGCUUUGUGGAACAGUUCGGGCUCCUACAAGGAUCUUGAGGGCCUGCACCACCAUGAUGACUUUGAUGUGACCCUGGUGGUGUGCCACAAUGCUGCUCCAUUUGAGGAACAGUCUGACGGCGAGAGGCAUAUGCUGAGGUUGCGGUUCUAUGUGAUUAUGACCAGUCAGAGAGAGCUUUUCCCUCGCCUCACUGCUGACAUGCGUCGCUUCAAGAAGCUUCCUCAGAUCCACCGUGAUCCCGGCGAGCUGGGAGGCCGGCUCCCCCCGGAUCGCGCAGAAGCCUGUGGGUCACGUGGUGCUGAGCAGGACCUCUGGGAGGAAACAUCUGAAGCUGCAGCUGCCUCUGCCACUGGAGAUGGCAAUGAGUUUUACCCCCUGGCAGUGGGUGGACCAGAGACUCAGAGUUUGCUGUACUCCUUCCCUCUGUUCCCUCUGCUCAACAACGAGGUGGCAUCAGCGCGGAGACAGAUCCAGGCCAGUGUGGAGCAGGCAAUGGGUCACUGCCGUAGGGAUAACCUGUGGAGGAGGCUCUUCCACGGAGAGCACCUGGCCCUUGACAAACUGAAGCUGACCAAGCUGUCCUUCAGUGAGCUGGAGGAGCUGCUGGAGGCCGUGCAGAGCCGCUCAGUGGGGGAGAUUGACCCACAACUGGACUGUUUCCUAACCAUGAGUCCAGCCUGGUACCAGAGUCUGAUAAAAGUCCUUUUGAAUCGCUUCCCUCAGAGUUGCAGACACUUUGAUGACAACGGCAUCCAGUAUCUGGCUGUUCUGAACCAGAAGUUCACUGACUGCUUUGUUUUGGUCUUUCUGGACACGCAAGCUGGAAAAACAAGUCUAAAGGUUGUGUUUCGGGAACCACUGCCAUCGCAGCCGCAGGCCAGCAGCAGCCCUCCGCCUCAGCUGGUGUCCAUGUAUCAUCAUCUCGAGUCUGUCAUCAACACAGCCUGCUAUAACCUCUGGACAGGACUGUUAUAAAGCUAGCCAUUGCUGGACUUACCUCAACUCAUGUCCAUGUGAGCACAAUCGACACAUGAAAAGAGGAAUCAGCGGCAGAGGAAAAUAGAAGACUAGAGGUUUUUCCCGAGAAGUUCAUUUAAGGGGAAUCUUCUUGCUAGUAUGCUCUCCCUGCAGCUCCACCGUUCACUGCGGCAUUAAGAGAAGCUUCAUAUCAGACAGUGAUAUUACUGUAUUUAUGCAAAGCCCUGUAGCACAGGAGAGAGGAGAUUCCUGCAGCAAAGUGAAACCUGAAAGGACUUGUGCAUUGCUCCCAGUCUUUUGAACCUGCUGUAGAUUUCCUGCAUCAGUUGGCCCACCCUGCCCCAAUCAGUCAAUCAAAAUCUGAUUUAAAACUGAAUGAUUCCUAACUGGUUUGGGGAAAGCCUCCAUUAGCCAACCUGGUAAUCCUUAAUUCUCUGAUAUACUUGCUUUUACUUAGGCAUUCUUGUGUGCAUUAUAAUAACCCCUAUGUUCUGUAUUACUUCAGAGUGUUGGGUGUAUGCAGGGAUUAACCCCAUAAAGCAUGAUAUGAGUUUUUGUGUCUCAACACUAAGUGAAGUUUAUGUUAAAUUGGAAUCUGUGAAAAAAAUAUUCCCCUGUUAGCCAGUGAUGAUCCCAUCUUGAUCUGCCCACAUUGCAGCUGCCUGUGUUUUGUUCAUUUUGUUAAAAAGCAAGUAUAUCACAGGCAUUGGGGAAGUUUAAUCGUUCUCUCCAUACAUUAUCAUUUUUUUUUUCUGUGAACAUGAGAAGUGUAAAAUCUGAGACAACCCCCACUGCAGUUCAUUAAGCCAGGACAGCUUUUUUUUGGGGGGGGGGCAUUUCUGAUUAUCGGUAUUUGUGUUUCUGUCCAACUGCCAGUAAGAUCAUUUUAAAAAAAGGGCUACUGUGGGCCUGACGCAGCAUCCUCUCUGUCUGUAGUCAUCACUUUCUUAUCUCAGUCAUUGUCCUUCCCACAACACAACUAUCUGAUUGUGACACAUCACAAGUAAUAGUCAGAACUGAACAGUCUAAAACUAUCAAAUAAUAAGAAUACAAAAGGACAGUAAAGGACAGAGCCUUUUACUGACUGACUCUGACCAUUGUGAGCAGAGGUAAAGAAGAAGUGAAAGGUAGAUGAGCUUUAGUCCAUGUCGCAGUUACCUUGCUACGAGAAAAAUGCUUCCAGGCUGAUGGAUCACAAUGUAGAAGAAGUAUCUUGGAGAACUAUGCUCUGACACACAUUUUGAUGACCUGAUAGUUAAGAUGUUUUACCCACAGACAAGACGCUGCUGUAUUUGUUGCUCAUCGUUCUAAACGUGUCAGCAGAUUGGAUUUAAUCUAAUGCGUUGUGCUGAAAUACAACAUAAGACAUCAUAAGGAACCAAUGCUGAACACUUCUGGCCAUGUAAGUGCACAACUUUCAUACUCUGCAGCCUCAUUAAUACGUCUGAGCUAUCUUGGAUCUUGUGCCUUCUUAUAGCAUUGCGCUAGCUCAGCUCGUCAUACCGUACCGCUGGUUUAUGUGAAUGAGAAUCAGCUGAGGUGUCGGUGUGCACCGCGGGAAAGCUUUCAUGUUUGAUUUUCAGAAGUGUCAAACCUGUUACUCAAUUGAACCCCCACUGCCGUAUCUGGUGCCCUGAAGUGCCUUUUUUCAGUUUAAUUUCAGUUUUAAUUCCCAAAAUGAAGUGAUACUGUUGUCAUUCCACCAGCUUCUGCAUAGAAGAUUUUUGGAAACACACACACACUACUGAUGUUACACAGUGAAAGUGCCUGAGAUAGCGUGGAGAAUGCGACAGAAAUUGCCUCUCAUGCGUAAAAAUGAAAAAAAAAAAAGGUUAGAUUAAAGGCAUAAUAUGCAAUUGCUCAUAAACACACAGUCAGUAGCUAAUUGGUGAGGAUCUCCUGCCUUCAGUAUUUGAUGUCCUGGAAAUGAGACUCACCAAUCAGCUCUGUUUGUCCAGAAAUGAUGCCAGAAAUGUCCAGAACAUAGCAAAACACUGAGAGAAUCAGACAACAGGCCAGGUAAUGUCCCCACCACCACCUGGGUCAUAAGUGAUGGCUGAAAGGGAUCAUUUUGUAGGAGUCUAUGUGUUCUUUUUUUUUGGGGGGGGGGGGGUUAGGAAAUCUGCCUAUUAUGCCUUUAACUUUGAUGAUUUGCACAAUAGCAUGUCACAUGUCAUCAGGGCCGAGUGUUUCCAAAGCACGUUCAGGGUGAUGAGUUUGACGUGUAUUUUCUGAAAUACUGCGGCUGGUAGUCGUACCUCAGUUUACAAGACGGCAGAAGCCAGCCUGGUACAAGAGUGUGACAUCGCAACAAACAUGAAAGCUCGAUAUUCACUGCAGUACCUUCGUUGACGACAUGCUCGGCAGCCUUAGAUUUCUAGACACUGUCACAGGAAGGAAACCAAAUCCAUGUUUGGUUUGCGGGUGUAAAAUGAAGAAAUGCGCAAAACGGCAUUCUCACAGCUCAGAGAAUUCAGUCUGAAGGUUAAACACUGGAUAUUCAUCAUGCUAAAUGUGGACUGAACAUGUUAGCCCUGAGCAUUUUGACUCUGACAUAUGAACACUGCACUGUCUAACUGUAUAAUGUAUAUUAUGUAUAUACAGAACACUUUAUACAGGAUGUGAAAUGCUAAAUAAAAAAAGGAUGAUGA